AUGACAUCUUUCGCAUCUUUCUGGCAGACAGAUCUCACGCGCGACGCCCUUCUGGACCUGCUGGACAAGCCAGACCUCGCCAACCUGCGUCUUGUCUGCCGUGCCUUUAGCCCACCAGCUGCUCGGUUCUUGUUCCGCGAAACAGAGAUUUCCUUUCAAAGCGGCACGUUCACCAAACCCUCGCGCAUGGCCGCAUUGGAAAGAGUGGGUGCGAAUAUCAAGACACUGGCUUUUCGUCUGUCGCAUAACGCCGAGACGUUUCUCCCGCCGCUGGUCGAUCCGGAGACGGGCGAAGAGCAAGUGUUUGUAUACACGCCACAGCAUCACCAGCAGCAGCAUCAUAAUCAUUCGCAUCGGGUGUCUUCCCCGACGAACGAGGCCAAAUACGGCAGCUGGGAGAUGACGGAUCUUCUGGUAAAACAAUACCCGCCGCUCUUCCAUGCCGCCACAAACGUGCCCUCGUUUGUGCGCGCUUUCAACUGUAUGACGGGGUUGCGGCAUCUGAAGAUCGUCUGUGACGGACAGCCUGCUCAUCGUUAUCGGCGCAGUGUUGUCGACUACGCACUCAUCUCGCUGCGCAUCGCGGUCGAGCAAGCUCCGCAGCUCAGUGACCGCUUAGAGAGCCUGUCGCUGCUGCAAAUACACCCCGGUGGGAUCAUGCAUCUGCGGCCGACAGUCAUGGGUAUGGGUGUAUCACCCAAUGGCCGAAAACGAUGGGCUCGCAUCCGUAAGCUGGCCAUCCAGAUGGAAAGUUUCCCCUAUGAAGGAGACGAGGCGACGACCGACCAACUGAAGAUCCUGCAUAGCUAUCUGCAGAGCUUCUCGAACGUGCACAGCUUCGCAUUUCGCUGGACAGGUGAGCAAAAGGGCCCGUGUCCACUGUCGCUCGUGACGGAGCCAGCUGUCUGCCAGCCAUCGGUGAGUCAAAAUGCGUGUCCAAAGACAUAUGCACGGAAUGGGCUGCGGGCGCUCAAGUUUACGCAUUUACGGUAUUUGGGGCUGGAAAAUGUCUUGCUUGAUGCUUUCCAAGUCUCUGAUUUCAUUGCUGAGCACAAGGACACGCUAGACGAGUUUGACUUUGAACAUGUUGCUCUCCGCAGCGGGACUUGGGACGAUGCAUUUGCACCAUUGCAAAAGGCGCAAGGAGAUGGCGGGAUGAAGAAAGAGGGAGGAAAGGAGAAGCACCAGACGGAAAGCAUGGAGGUUCCUUUCAUGCUUGACCCUCUUGAUCAGACCACAUCGUCGUCGUCAUCUCCGCCCAAGAAGCGACAGAAGAAAAAGAAGACGAAAAAGAGGAAGCGAAAAGCCAACCAGCCAGACAUCAACAACUCCCUAUUUGCAUCCACGGCGGCGCUGCUCUGGGAAGACCAGGAACAGUCCAACCCUAAACUGCGCGCGCUACGUGAAGGGGUGAGUCAGCUGGCACGUUCCAGAGCCAGGACGGAUCAUAUGAAGAAGACGCUGUGGACGUCCAUGUUUUGCUGGCGCUGA